AUGGCCAUGUAUUGGGAUUCCUCCCAUUUUGCAAGUAGAAGGACCAGACUCCAAAGGAGACUGGCACUUCUCCUACUGGUACAAGAGGCAGCGGCUAGCAACCGACGCUUUCGAGGCCUACAAGAGGCCGCGUCAACAACAGUUACCACAACCAGAACCACCGACCCCUGUCCAUCUGCAACCACUGCAUGUGAAUGCGCUGCUGGAUUAGUCUGCGUAUGGAAGCCGUAUGCACAGGGAGGAGGUGUGUGCGAGAAUAUCGGGACCCAAGGUGCUAUUGACUGCUUCCUAUGCCCACAGCAGGAACACUGUGCAACAAUAACUUGUCCUGGUAUUAUGAGUGCAUGCUCAUGCGCUGCAUCUGCCGGCUGCGCUUGGGAUGACUUGGCAUACGGAUGUGUCAGUUCUCUGGUGUCCUCCACUUCCUGCACAGCCUGUCCAACACAAGCGGGCUGUGAUGUUGACCCGCCGCAGCUUGUGAGCUACUUCCCGCAGCCUGGAGGUUCUCACAGCACUGGCUCCGAUCUUCGUGUGGUCUUGCGCUUCAGCAAGACCAUCAAGUGGUGCAGCGCAUCCUCACUCGCUGACGACGUGAGCUUCUGGUGUGCUGGUAGUGUCAACGAACAGAAUGUUCCCCGAAUGCACGCGCAGAUUUCAUCCAGAUCCCUCACCAUCGACAUGUCCUGGUACUUGUCCACCAUACAGCUGGAGUCUGCUAGGACAUGUGGGAUUGAGAUUCAGCCGGGAUCGAUCUGUGGUGAGGACGACGUUCGAUUUACCGGCCUGUCAAGACAGGGAUACAGUUUUCAGCUGUUGGACACGAACCCUCCGAUGCUCAUUGACUUCGACCCGAACAGCAUGUCAGUCGCCGUUCCACUCGAUGGCGCUGUAAACUUGUUGUGGAGUGAGCCCGUGGUGUUGACAUCCGGCGACCUGAGGGCUACACUGAGUCGACUUGAGGUUGACAGCACUGGUGCCACGACAGCUGUUCAAUCGACGCCGAUUGAUCUCAAGGCUCCCUCAGCUGAGAUCGUCUCAUCAUCGCUGCUUCGAAUCCAUUUGGAUUCGUUGUUGAGGGCUGGGAAGACGUACACGCUGGAGCUCCCUGCCGGUGCCGUCACGGACUUGGCUGGCAACCCCUCUGCGGACCUCCCCGCACAGGCGUACAACUUCCGAGCUGCAACUGACGGCGGUGGUUUGAUUUCAACACAGACGACGGCCAGCAGCACUGCCGUGGGAGUUGUUAUCCUGGUGGUCUCUUUGACUGUAUUCUGCACUCUUGCUGCUGGUAUAGGGGUUGUGAAGCUCUGGCGCUCCAACGCGACAAAAUUGAAGGCGUAUCUGCCAAAAGAGGGUGCGCGAAGAGUGCCAGCGAGGUCGACGCCAAUCAGUACAACGGUGCCUGACUCGUCCAAGCCUACGACCACCUAUUCCUAUACGGCAGAGAAGAGCACAGCUUCUUCACCUUUUGCGGAAGAGAAAGCUCGAGCAGAGACUGCCUACCGCUCCGCGGCGGCUGCAGCAGAACGACUCGGCAAAGAUGCUGGUGCGGAAGCCAAACCAGCCCCAAACGCUGCAUGGGCCCAGCGACCCACCAGCAAAACCGGGCCUUCACCGAAAGUGCAUCCAGGCAGAGAGGGUUUUAACGCUGGCCGCUCAAGACGGUCCAGCCCUCCGCCUGAAGGUUCUGCUGGAGGCGGCAGCAAGGCGCCUGCAUCUGCACCGGUGCCAGAAACAAACUUGUCACCAGAGGUCAAGGCCGUGGAAAAGCGUUUGCACGACACCAUGGACCAACCGAUAGCUGCAAGGAGGAAGCUUUUCAAGGAACUUCUCGUGGAGUAUCACCCGGACAAGAAUUCCUCCGCACAUGCCAAAGAAGUCUUCCAGUACGUAAACAAUGCACGGAGCUGGUUUCUGGUUGAGAGUUGA